AAAAAAAAAAAAAAAACGUUCUGUUGAAAACCGAGACGAGGAGCGAAACGCAGGGUAGAAACUCACCGGCUCCGGGGCCAGCGUCUGCAACAAAGCCUCCCAGAAAAGUGAAUGAGAGAGCCGAUAUCCACCUCCAGCCAACCGAGUGAACAGACUCUGCGUUUUCCAGCCAGUGUGCCGCAGACAAGAAGCGCAGAUGGACACCAGAACCCCCACUGAAGAGAAACCUGUCCAGCGAUCAAAGUCCUUCAGCUUUAAGACUCAAAAGGAAGUCUGUUCAUCAUGUGAGAAAACGGUAUACCCAAUGGAGAGAUUGGUUGCCAACAACCAGGUCUUCCAUUCAGCAUGCUUCUGCUGCAAGCACUGCAACGCCAAACUCAGCCUUGGCACAUUUGCAGCUCUUCAAGGUGAAUUUUACUGCAAACCCCACUUCCAACAGCUGUUCAAAAGCAAAGGCAACUACGACGAGGGCUUUGGACGCAAACAGCACAAAGAGCUCUGGGCCUCCAAGGAUACAGACAAUAUAACAAAGACAGCAUAAUCAUGUCUCCCUGUGUCCCAUCCCAGCCUUGCCUCUUCCUUUGCUUCCUCCUAACACCUCCAAUACAUCACAAUGAGCACAUGCCUCAUAUGCUGGGGCUCACUCACACGCUCACUCGCUUUUUAAAUGCCAUCAGAACAGAUACAUGCACAAACAGUUCGGAAAUGACUGGCCAGUCUUAAUCCAUACCACUUAAAAAUUCAUUUUAGGGAUAUUUUGGGUUUGAUUUUAUUGAUAAUCUGUAUUUUUUUUUACUUUAUUUUCCAAUUUCCUGUUUGGAAUUGGUAGUUGAUUGUGACCAAAAAUCUUCUCUGGUAUGGGGAGUAAAAUAAUAAUUUCUUUUAUUUUCUUCUUCUUUUUUUUUUUUUUUUGUUUUUAAUAAUUUGCACCCGUUCUUUUUGGAAAACUGUAUGCUCAGGCGAACAUAUCAGAGGGGUUACAGUGCAUCCAUGUUUUGCAGUAGAGCAUACACUCAGGUCAAUUUUCACCCAAGGAUUCUUAAAAAUAUUGCAUAUUUCCUCAUUUUAGCAAAACACAAAUCAAAAUAAUAGUCCUCAGUAUUGUGACUUUGCUGUCAGAGACACUUUUGUCAGGUUUCAGAUAUUUGAGGAACAAACAGGGUACAGAGUACUGUAAAAUAACCGCGCACAUCAGCAACAGCUCACCUCCGUGUUUUUAAUUUUAGUUUUAUUAUUGUUCGCAUCAUCCCAUGGUUUGUUCUUGUUUUAACGACCAGUUCGAGUCUUAUCGUUGCAUGUUGGUAUGACUGGGUCUUAAUAGCCUUAUCUUACGACUUUAUCGACCUUUUGUGUUGUGAAUGAUUUUAUUUGUCUCAUUGAUGCAUAGCAGUUCACUUUUUAACGUUUUUAGAGGCACUUGAGUUUGGAUUCGAUUGAUGUCAUUGCAUAAGUUGAUCCUCUCUGAGCUUUUAUGGUUGAAAUUUUAAUGGAAUUCUCAAAUUGUGUUUUGUAUACUAUCUGUACAUAGAGCUGUAGUUUGUGACUAGUGAACAUUCCCCAUCAUACUGUGCUCUCGUCUUGCACACGCAACCACACAUGAUCACCAGACAAGAUGUUGAUAAUAACAGGGAAACCGAGGCCUCGUCCGUAAACACCCGUCACUACAUCGUAGGAAACAUUUUAAGAAGAGCUGUAAAAAUGUGGUUAAAUGGAUUACUUCAGUUACAGUUCUGUGCCACAGAUGAGAAUGUUGAUGGACAGAGCUUAAGCCUUGCAGGAAACCACACACUUUUGUUCCAUCGUCACUUCUCUCUUGUCAGUUCUUGGCGUCUUGUGAUGACCCCCCCCACCCCCGCUGUAUUUGAGUGUGUUCUUAUAACUUGCUACUUUUGAUGGGGACAUAGAUCCAAUCCAAACAUAGUGUCUUGAACAUCAGUUGUUAUUCGUUGCCCCCCCCGGUCCCACCUAGUAAGCGUGGGCAGGUUUCCUUUUUAAAUGAAUGCCUUCCUGUUCUCAUCUCAUGUCUUAUUAGCUAAAUACAUCUUAGCACCUGGACCUAUUUCUUAAUAUGGAAUUUACAGUAGGUGGAUGGGAAGUUUGUCACAGUGUUGGUCCCCUGAUGUGCUCCUGCAUGCUCCAUGCAAAACCCAAUGCAGAGCACCCUCUGCUGGGGAAAGUGUGACAGUAGUGUUGAGUGUGAGAGGAAAAAACAUAACUUUGCCCAAGAACUUCUCAACAUAGCCUUUAUUUGAAGUUUUUUUUUUUUUUUUUUUAAUACGUUGCCUCAGUCUGCAGUGCAGCUGCUGCACUCCAGCCACUUUUGAUCUUAUUUAAUCGCAGCACCUAAGAUAAACGAAUCCAGUUAGACAAGAUUUCCACAACUUUAUUUCAUUCUACACAAAGAAUGAGUCAGAAGCCAUUCAAAUAUCUAAUUUUAGAAAAUGUCUGAAUACCACUGAGACUUGACUGACACUUGAAUGACACAAAGUACUUUUUGUGACUGAAGGUUUACUGUGAAUUUAAGCAUGCUGUGCAGAAUAGAAAGCUGAACUUAAGAUGGAUAUUUGCUACUUUUUUUUUUUUAAAGAGAAGCCUUAGAAAUAAAUAGCUGAUCUUAUUGCUUUUUCAAACCAGACCUUUUGAGUGCACAGUUCUUUACAAAGAAAUCUCCUGAUCAUGCCUUUUCAGAAACAGACCUGCUUACUCUUGAGUCCCACUUUUUAUCAUUGAAUUACUUCACUCAACCAGCAGCCAUUUUUUUCUCUAUCUAACCACUUUUUAGCCACGUGUAAUGUACAAUAAUUCAAGUUCUACUGUGUGUGUGACAAUGUAUAUUUUAUAUUUCAUUUUUGUCAUUUUAAAAUGGUCCUCUGGAUCCCUGAGAAUGCUUUAAGAUCAAGAGUAUUGUAUCUAGAAAUGCUGUUUUGUCAUUCUCCGUUAGCAGUUCGCCAAGGUACAGCUGCAAAAUCUGUGAAUUGCAACUUCUAAGUGUAACAGAGCAGACAAGGUACACUUUACACUGGUGCCAAGAGGCUCAGGUGAAUGAUUGCAGUGUAACGUGGUAAAUGUUAAAUCUGUGAGUCAUUUCAUUUUUGUGCUAAACUUGAUGUGGACUUACUUUUCAAUGCUGUUGUCAUGGAGACAUUUUAAAUGUAUGCAUCUUUGAAAAAUGUAUUCUGUAUUACAGACUUGACCUGUGGAUUGAGGUGGCCUUACAGCAAAAGGACGCUUGGACUGUGUUGGCAGUCUUUCUCCUCUGUUCUCCCUUCUCUCUAUUGCUUAGCUGUGGUAUGAACAUUUUAAAAAAUGUAAGCGCCCCCUUUCUGCGCAAAUAUACACAAUCAUUUUGUGCAUUUUCUUUCUUUUAUUUUUGUUUUUUACAUGCUUUUGGAGAAAAAAAAAAUAAAAUGCUGGUGUUGAUUGAA